UCGCGGGAAACUUUAUUUUCUUGGUGUUUCAGGCUGGAAACCUGAAAAUAUCAAUUUUCUCCAAAUUUCGACAGAUUGAGGUGAUCGAUUUGCUCGUUCAUUGAUCAGUUCAUCUAAUACUCGAACCACAAUGCCUGGAACAGAAGUGACAUCUCCUGCAGUAGGAGAAAAUGGAUCUGUUGAAAUGAAAGAUACAGUUCUGAUCGAGGAUGACAGCGGUGAUGAUUCUCCUGCUGUAAAGAAGAAAACGCCAAAAUCAAAGAAGAGAAUGAACGGAAACUCUGAGAAAAAGGAUGGAUCAGCCAAGAAGACAAAGGGGAAGAAAUCACUGCAAUCGCCAACUGGUCAGACCUCACUGUCGUCUUUCUUCUCCAAGACUCCGAAGAGGAAAGCAGAAGAAAAUGGCAGUGGAGACAAUAAGAAGGAAGAUUCUGGUGAUGAUGUUGUGGAGCAAAAAGAAAAGCGGGUGAAGCUGGAUGAGAAGAUGAGCGAGAUGGAAAAAGACACGGGAGAGAAAAAGGAAAAUGGUGUGAAGGAAGAAAACGGUGAUGAGAAAAAUGAAAAUGGUGACGUCAAGGAAGAGAACAAUAAAACAGAGAAUGGUGAGAGGACAGAAAACGGGAAAAGGGAAAAUGGUGAUGUCACGAAAGAAAAUGGAAAAGUGGAAAAAGGUGAUGAGACGAUGGAAGAAGAUGGUGAUGGUGACAGGAAAGCUGAGAAUGGUGUGGAGGCAAAAGAUGAGAAAGAUCGUGACUUGCGCCCUCGCCCAGAAAAAGAGGAUGAAACGACGGCAGUGAAGAUGGUAAAAGACGUGCCAAUCAAAUGUAACCAGUGCCGGCAGCUGCUGGAUGACCCUGACCUCAAACUCUUCCCUGGAGACUCGGAAGAAGCGGUUGAGGAGUUUGUCACACUGACUAGUGAAAAGCUAUCACUGUUCACUGGGGACGAAGACGACAUUAACCAAUUUGAUGAAAGACCACAGCACAAGAUUACAAACUUCACCGUCUACGACAAACACGGUCAUCUCUGUCCAUUUGAUGGUGGGCUGAUCGAGAAGAACAUUGAGUUAUUCUUUAGUGCUGUGGUGAAACCGAUUUAUGAUGAGAACUCUAGCCUUGAGGGUGGUCUACCUACCAAGAUGAUGGGCCCAAUCAAUGAGUGGUGGACAGCAGGCUUUGAUGGUGGAGAGAAUGCUCUAAUUGGAUUCAGCACAGCCUUUGCGGAGUACAUCCUGAUGGCUCCUAGCGAGAUCUACAGCCCGUUCAUGGACACGAUGAAGGAGAAGAUCCAUAUGUCCAAGGUCGUCAUCGAGUUCCUUGUCAAUAAUCAAGAGUCGACAUAUGAAGAUUUACUCAACAAGCUGCAGACGACAAUCCCUCCAUUGGGAUGUAGUACAUUCACUGAAGACUCGUUGCUGAGGCAUUCACAGUUUGUUGUUGACCAGAUUCAAAGUUACGAUGACGCAGCUGAUGAAGAUGAGAGUCUGUUGAUCACAAUGCCAUGCGUGAGAGCCCUCAUAUCACUGGCUGGGGUCACACUUGGAAAAAGGCGUGCAAUGCGUAAAGAUGGCAAAAAAGCCAUUAGACCAAAGAAGUCUGGUCCAACCAUGGCGUGCGUCACCCCACUGGUGUGCGGCAUCUUUGAGAGCAUAUUCCAGGGUCAGAUUGGUGAUAAGGGGAAAGAGGGCCCACGCAAGAAGAGAUGUGGCGUCUGUGAGAUGUGUCAGCAGCCGGAUUGCGGCAAGUGUGGGCACUGUAAGGAUAUGGUGAAGUUUGGUGGCACUGGAAAGAGAAAGCAGGCUUGUAUGGAGAGAAGAUGUCCAAAUGCAGCGGUUAUGGAAGCAGAUGAAGAUGACAUCCUGGAAGACACUGAUGAUUCCACAGACAAGGAGAAUCAGAAACCAUCAAAGGUGUCAUCCCCCGGUAUGAAACACAAGACUAAAGCCAGGGGUCAAGUUAAAUGGAUUGGUGAACCAGUCAAGACAGAAAAGAAGUUGAAAUAUUAUGAGAAGGUCGAUCUGGGACAUUGUGAGGUCGAAAUCGGCGAUCAUGUGACUGUCACCCCUGACGACCCAUCCAUAGCCUGUUACGUGGCAAAGAUCUCGUACAUGUUUGAGAAAGAUGGAGAUAAGAUGUUCCAUGCUCAUUGGCUGUGUCGAGGGUCAGACACGUGCCUUGGAGAAGCUGCCGAUCCAUUGGAAGUCUUCCUCAUGGAUGAUUGCGAGGACGUCCUCUUGGCAACUGUCGCGAACAAGGCGACCAUUAUUUACAAAGCCCCGGCCAAAGAUUGGAGCAAGCUUGGAGGCAUCGAGAAUCCGGACUUUGAUUCCGUUCAACUGGAGGAUGACGGCCACUCUUUCUUCUAUCAGUUUUGGUACGAAGGAGAGAUGGCACGAUUUGAGACACCUCCUGUUGAUCCUGUUCCUGAUGAGGAAGAGAAAUACAGUUACUGUGUUUCAUGUAAUCGCAUUGAGGAAAAAAGAAAGCUUAAUGCACCAGCUGUAGGAGAAGAGAUUAAACCGAAGGAAGCUGAUUCAAACCGGACGUAUUACGCCUCGGUCAAGUGGAAGGGGGAAGAGUACAAGAUUGGUGACAGUUGCUACAUGAUGCCCGACUCGUUUGUAUUCCCAGUCAAGGAGGAGGUGCAGAAGAAGGAGAAGGACAAGAGAGAUAUUACUGAUGAAGAAGAAUAUCCAGAACUGUACAGAAAAUCUGACUACGUAAAAGGAAACAAUCAAGGGACACCCGAACCUUUAAGGAUUGGCCGUAUCAAUCAGAUAACUGUCCGAAAGGGAAAAGAUAAGGAAGAGGAUAUAAAACUGCGUGUCACGAAGUUUUACCGACCAGAGAACACGCAUAAAGGGGCAACUGCUGGACAUCAGGCUGAUUUGAACAUGUUGUACUGGAGUGAUGAAGAGUCCACAGUUGGUUUCCACCAUGUCGAGGGCAAGUGUCAAGUAGUCUAUAGUGAAGACUUGCACGUCCCUCUUGGAGAGUACUUCCGAGGUGCCCCAGAUCGAUUCUACUUCACAGAGUCGUACGAUGCCAGUAACAAAUCAUUUGGUGAACCUCCUGCCUCUGCUCGCCAGAUUAAGAAGGGAAAAGAUGAGGAGUCCGAGGGGGAGGGUAAAGGUAAAGGAAAGGGCAAGGGAAAGUCGUCGGUCAAGAAGGAGGAGGCUCCCGAAGAGAACACAGAGGAAGAGAAAGUGGACUUCCGAAGGUUACGGAUGUUAGAUGUGUUUGCCGGUUGUGGAGGUCUAUCUGAGGGUUUCCAUCAAGCUGGUAUGGCCGAGUCAAGAUGGGCCAUAGAGAUCGAACAGCCUGCAGCCGCAGCCUUUAGACUUAACAACCCAGGAUGUACUGUCUUCACUGAUGACUGUAACCAACUACUGAGGCUGGUCAUGGAUGGUGAAACCAUGAACAAGGUUGGCCAGAAACUUCCCCAGAAGGGUGAUGUUGAGUUGCUGUGCGGAGGGCCACCCUGCCAGGGUUUCAGUGGCAUGAAUAGAUUCAACUCGAGAGAAUAUUCUAUGUUCAAGAACUCUUUGAUUUCCUCCUACCUCAGUUACUGUGACUACUACCGACCAAAGUUCUUCCUCCUGGAGAACGUACGGAACUUUGUCUCCUUCAAGAAGUCCAUGGUGUUGAAGUUAGCAUUGCGAUGUCUGAUCAGGAUGGGCUACCAGUGUACGUUUGGUGUCCUGCAGGCAGGAAGUUAUGGCGUGGCUCAGACCAGACGAAGAGCUAUCAUCCUUGCCGCAGCUCCUGGAGAGAAGCUGCCAUUCUAUCCUGAACCACUCCACGUGUUCUCACCACGUGCGGUCCAGCUCACGGUCAUGAUUGACGAGAAGAAAUACCUCAGUAACAUCACGCGGGUCUCCUGUCCGUACCGGACGAUCACGGUGCGUGAUACGAUGUCUGAUCUACCAGAGAUUCGGAACGGUGCUAAAGCGGAUGAGAUAUCGUACAAUACAGAGCCUCAGUCUCAUUUUCAAAAAAUGAUCCGAGGGUCACAGUACCAGCCAAUCCUGCGUGACCAUAUCUGCAAGGACAUGAAUCCACUGGUUCAUGUCCGCAUGCAGCAUAUCCCGACAUUCCCUGGCGCCGACUGGAGGGAUCUGCCCAAUCGGGAGGUUAGGAUGUCUGAUGGGGCACGCACAAAGAAACUUCGUUACACACAUCACGAUAAACAAAAUGGACGUUCACCAGGUGGUAAUCUUCGAGGCGUCUGCCAGUGUGCGACAGGCAAAGGAUCAUGUGACCCAAUGGAUCGUCAGUUUGGAACACUAAUCCCCUGGUGUCUGCCGCAUACAGGGAACCGCCACAAUCACUGGGCUGGGCUCUAUGGGCGCUUACAAUGGGAUGGCUUCUUCAGCACAACAGUGACCAAUCCUGAGCCAAUGGGAAAACAAGGGCGAGUCCUCCACCCUGAGCAACACCGCGUCGUCAGCGUGCGGGAAUGUGCCAGGUCACAGGGAUUCCCUGACACGUACAGGUUCUAUGGUACGAUCUUGGACAGACAUCGACAGGUUGGCAAUGCUGUCCCCCCACCAAUGGCACGAGAAAUUGGACAAGAGAUCAAGAAGUGUCUCAUCUGGAAGCAGAAACAAGUCAAUGCAGAAGAGAAGGAAACCAAGGAAACGAAAACUGAGGAAGAAAUGGAAACGACCGAAGCUGGGGAAACGAAAUCGAAACCAGAAUCUCCCAAAAAAACAGAACCUGUUGAGUCGCCCACAAAACCAGGGGGAUCAAGUUCUUAGGAUGAUUCGUUUUCCUGAAAAUUUGACAAUGAAGGAUCAUAUUAUAAAAGACUAUAGACAUUCUAAGACUUGACAUGCAAUGAUGGUCUGCAAUUAAUGAGGAAACGUAAUCCCCAACGGACCUCUCCAAAGGGGAACUGAUCCCGUGGAUUCUCCUACGGGUCAAGGAGAUCAAGUAUUGAGGAGUUAAGUGGGGACUUAAGUGUGCUUGGCAUUUAAUAUGUAAACUCGUAACUUCUAUACUCACUGCCAAUAUAUAAAGUUAAGUGUUACAAUAAUAGCCCCCACAGUUGUAGAAUACAUCUGGCUGUACACAUCAAUGCACACAGAGGCUAUAAUUGCACCCCUUACCUUUGUUUGAAAUCUACAUACAUGUUCAUGUUGUGGUUAAAGUUUCUUUUGUACAUGUACAUACAUUGUGUUAUAGAUCCUGUACAGUCUUGUUACACGUUCAUAAUUGGGUUUGAACACUUUUUUCUGUCCCUAUUUUGAAAAUCCUGCUUGUAAAUAUUUCUUCUCUUAAAAAUAUCAAAUCAAAAAUGGAAUGAUAGAAAUUGUGAUGAAUUGAAUUGGUUUAAAUAGUCAUGUGCUCUUCUUGUAAACAAUGCAUUGUUGUAGUUCUCAAAUUUACUGAUUAACAUUUCGUGUUGUAGAAAUAUAUCACCCGCCUCACUGCCUUUACCCUCAUGUACAUGUAGGCUGUUUCUUCCAAGCAAUA